CUUGCCACCGUCGCAGCCAGGCAAUGGGAAUGGAAUCGAACCGAACCGAAAGUGAACUGAACUAAAGGAAUUUUUCGUAGAGCCUGGUGAGUGUUGCCAACCGUGGAAUGUGUCCGUGUUCUGGCUCGCAACGAGUUUAUAAUGUUCAAAAGAAGACUCUUUGAGAGCUCUCCAGCCUACAAACAUGCCUAAAAGUCUGAAAAAUCGGAAGAACCAUAAAAAAACCCAAAGAAAAUACCUAAAAUAUGUACAUGGCCAUUGGACUGAAAGUGUGCUGGAAUCUAUAAAUACACCUGAGAGAGGUAACUAGACCAAGUCACGACAGUUGGCUCCAAGUGCAUGUCGGGUCCUCAUUUCGCCUUGCCUUGGUCUGGUCUAGUUCUGGUUUUCUCCACGUCGGAGCAGGAGGUGCUGGAGGAGCUGUAGGAGCCGUAGGAGAAGGAAGAAGAAGGCGCAUGCAAGCCUUGGCUAGCUGAAAAUUAUUGUAUUGUAAUUUCAGUAUACGCAGCACGCCCGCCACUGCGCAUGUCCCCAAGAAGCCCAGUCUCGCUCCGCCACUCGCACCUCCCUCCCAAUCGAGGUUAGGGGAGAAAUAAAAAGGAGAAAAAAAAAAGGAGGAGCAGCAACAGCAACAGCAGGUGACACCUGCAGCAGCCAAGACACCUUCCAGAAGCAGACACAACCAGGAGAGAGCAGCUUCUAGGUGACACCAUGGCGGCCGUGGUCCAUGGCUGCAGCAGUCCGCGACAGCGCUCCUGCAAUGGUAGCAGCUCUCCGGGUGGCCACCAUGGGUCCACGCCCUCCUCCGCCUACCCCACGAUGCCCAAGUACUCGCGUACUUCCAGCCAGACGCUGUACGCCACCAGCCAGCAGAUCUUUGGCGGUGGUGGCAGUGGCCUAGCAGAUGCGGGCUAUGGUUACAUGUCCUCUACGGGCCAGCGGCCGCUCUCUGCCUCUGCCUUGCCCGAGUCUGGGAGCAGGAACUACUGGGGUCACCACAACGCCUUCUAUCACACGGGCAGCAGGCACUACAGCAAACGCAAGUCCGCCGUGGAACUGCUGGCCGAGUCCAAGCCAUUUUAUAUCAAGUCCGAGGCGGUUUUUGAGAGGCUGCAGCAGGCCAGCUACAGGAAUGGGUCAGGCAACAAUGGAGCCACCGGCAAGAGAGGCCGCCGACCAGAUGAGUCCCAUGGCCACCACUAUGGUGUGCAGCCGUACGACGAUCUGGAGGAUAGACGUUACAUGAGCCUCAAUCUCAGCCGGCAGCAGCACCAGCAGCAGCAAGUUGUGCAGCAGGCGCAGCAGCAGCAGCAACAGCAGCAGCAGUACCUGCACAACCACCACCCCCAUCCCCACCAGCACCAGCACCAUCCGCACCGUCACAGCCAGGGCCAAGGCCAAGGCCAGGGUCAAGGACGAACUUCGGGUGUUGCCGGAGGAGCAGCCGUUAAUAACAAUCUCCUGCAGCACAAGCUGCGCAUGCUGCUUGGCUCGGAGGCUGGCAAGGAGCGGACACCUGGCGGCGGAACCUUGCGACGCCACGAACUGAGCGACGGCAGUGCCGAGCUACUGCCCACGGAUUACGGCGAGGAAGAGUCCGGACAGGCGGGUGCCCUAAGGAUACCACCGCCGCUUUACCUCCCAGCCCACGGAUUCGGGCGGGAGGGAGAGGAGCCACUGGUCCUCACCGAGAACUAUCGACCAAUCAGCCCGCCCGCGGAAUACGCCGCCAAGUCGGGACAGGCGCACAACGAUCGCUACAGGUACAACUACCAGCGAUCGUACUCACACUCUCACGAGGUGGCCAAUUCUGGGGAGGAGCGGGCUCCCUAUCCCGCCGGCGACUUCAAUAUCAAUAGCCACAAGUCGCUGCCGGAUCUGCACACCCAGAUCAGCCGCCAUUCGCCGCACAGUGAGAUCCUGAGCUGCUGCAGCCGUGGCAAUCGAUCGAUCAAGUCUGCUGGCGAGUCCUCGAUCAACAGGGACUCUGGAGGCAGCUCCGGGCACUACACGCACCGGAGCGAACCCUGCUACAAGCGGGAGCGGCAGCGGGAUGUGCCAGGCAGCGGCGGUGCUGCAACGAGCGGAACAAUCAAGAACUGCUGCACACUGGUGGCGGCCACUCGACGGGACAGCGGCUCCUCCACGCAGCACAGCGCCAACUCUUACUGUGGAUAUGUCACCCCGGCUGGGGACUACUCUGGCCUGAGUGGACGGAACACGGAGUGCCUGGACUGCCGCUGCAAGCAGGAUACGGGCGGUGGUAUGGGCUCCGACUACUUGCUCAACUUUACGCCCACGCCGGAGGUGCCGGAAGCUUUUCAGGAUGACUAUACCCCGACACCGCCAUCGCCGCGGCUCAAGACCCAGACGCCGCGCUACUCGAGCUCCUCCAGCCAGCAGAUGCACACCAGCUCGCAGGGCUACACGAGCAUCAAUCACUCGCAGAGCUCGUUGGUCCAGAGCCCGGGCUCGGCGCCAUCCGUGGAUGACAUUAGUCCGCCGCCCAUACAGUUCAAGAGGCAGCGGUGCAUCCGCUUCAAGAACAGGAAUCGACUGCCAGUGCAAGGAGAGAUGGGCGGACCUCCAGGACCUGGGGUCGGCGUGGGAGCAGCCGGCGUUUUGGCCGCCUACAAGCAGCAUCGGGGCAGCGUGGACCACGAGAACGUAUUCUUUCCGAAGGGCUUCUCCGCCGAGGGCUAUCACAACAGCCUGGACAUGGAGCGGGAGGCUCUAAAUGCCAGCAUUUCGGAGCUAGAGAAAUUCUUCGAUCGGCUGGGCCUCAACGACGAGGCCUUCCACGAGAUCUACAGCCAGCCGCGAAGGCAUCACUCGGAGACGGACGACGCCUCGGAUGACUCCAGCACCGUGUUCUUCUCGGAUGUGAGCACUGUGGACUCGAUGCGGCUACCGGACAGCACGGAGACUCAGCCGCAGGCCACGCAAGCCUAUCGGCCCUCGGAGCCGCCAUCGAUAGUGGAGAGGAAUGCCAGAAUCAUCAAGUGGCUGUGCAAUUGCAAGAAGAUGCAGUGCACCUGAGGAUCACCGGGGCAGUGCAGCUGCGGAUUUGGGCGCUGAGCUGUCCGUCUGUCUCUCCACUGAUCGAACUUUCAAUCUUAGCAAAGCCCCCCUGCGGAUUAAAGCAUAAAUAAACCCUGAAGGCAGGGGCUGAAUUAUCCUCUUCAAGGACGAAAAGUAAUCUUUGGCCAAAUCUUCUCUGGUUUCUAUAUACCAUAAGAGCUUUCCCUUUGCACAAAGUUUAAAGUUACAAAGAUUGGUAUAAACCCCAAAAAAAUAGUUGACAUAUCCUUAACAGCUACAAAGAGGAUCCUUUAAAUUGUGCAAUUUUAAAGUAAAAAAUAAUCUAAAGAGCAAAGAAAUCAGCCAUAUUAGUUUAAAAUAUGUAUAAACCAUAUAUAGAACCCGUAGUUAAUCACAUAUCUGAUUUCUAUAUCAAACCAAGUGAAUUUAAAGCUUCAAAAAUAAUAUUUUCCGCCUGCACAAAUCUUAAAAAAAAUAUAUUUAACUCGAAAAAGAGUUGAUUUCUUAAAGUUUUUCAAGCAACCAAAGAUUACCUUUCGCUCCGAGUCCAGCUCAGCCACCUGCAAUCCUCACAAAUACACUGCUCAAAAGUCAAGUUAAGUCAGUUGAAAUGUUUCGAGCAUGAUUAGCAUCUCUCACCUGUAAACCUGUGUCAGCCUGUACAAUGGAAUUAGGAAUUACGAGUCAAGAUUAUGGAUGUGCGUUUCUCCUCCUUUGCUGCACGGCCGUUCGCCGUUCGCAGAUCAAUUACACCAUUGAUAUUUGUAUUGCUAAAGGUAAAUGAUAUUGUCUAACGUAUACUAAUAAUAAUCAACUAGCAAGCGAUCGUUCAUAUUACUCUUAUACACCAGCGGUAUUAUUAGAUGAAUUAUUGUACAAUUAGCUCUCGUAACUUAAAUAUAUAUACACAUAUAUAUACUAUAUACAUAUACGACUAGUUGCCAAACAGACGGAAAGUACACGAAACCACUAAAAACCACAAAUUGAAAUUGAAAAUGAAC